AUGCCAGAGAGAUUUUAUUCGUUUACCGAGGUUCAGGGCUCUAUCAACUCUAUUCAGUAUGAUGUCGUGAAACUAGCUCGCAUGAAAGGAGAAUAUCGUGCUCAACUUCACCCCCUUGAUUUGUGCGCAGAAGAUAUGCCACACAUUAUCGCCAAAGAGCAACAACGGCUAAAGAAUCAAGUCGACUCCUUACAAAGAAGGUUCGCGGAUUUCAGAGCAAGACUGGACGUCGAUCCGAAGUUCGAAAAUAUAUCGUGCAUCUUGCAGCUCCGAUGGACCAUGUUGAAGAUCUGGGUGAUCUGUCUUGGCGAGAAGAAUACAGUCUACGAUAGCUGCAUUGAAGAUUUCGCAAAAAUCAUCAAUUAUGCACGAAAGUCGCAGCUCCUCUCCACAGCCCCGGGGUUUAUGUUGGAAGUUGGUCUUCUACCCUAUCUCUUCUUUGUUAUUGCGAAAUGCAGAAACCUACAGCUUCGUCUUAGGGCGUUAUCGUUGAUUCAGAAAGAGUGUUAUAAUGACCAUGAUAUCUUCUGGGACCCUAGUAUUAUCUACGGGAUGAGCAAGAGAAUAUUCAGAGCGGAAUAUGGCCUCAAGAUCAAUGAUACGCAUGCCACUGUACUUGAGGCAGUUCGGGAUUCUCCUUUCUUUGCAGAAAAUACGCGCCUUUGUCAUGAAUUUGAGGCCUGGGAGAUUGAUACUCGGAUUGAUUUGCCUGAAGUGAGGGGCUUAGGACACGGAACCGUGACGGGAAGUAUCCCAAUAGCAGAAGCUCUGGGGGUUCCGAAUUGGAAGCGAGACCAGCCUCCCGUUGUGGUUUGA